AUGGCCACUCGCAUUGAACUACCAUUCCUCUACCAUACCCGGACGAUCCUGCGCUUGCCAAAGAGAGUUUGUCGCUCACGUCCACGAUUUGCAUCAUCUCAAAGGGGUUCAAAUGCCCCGGUCGAAGAUGGCAGAUCUCCCCUUGCCCCUGACGAAGAGUCUUUUCUCAAAGCAAAAGCCCGAAGCGUCGCUUGGUCUCCGAUAGCGUCUAAGUCCACCUCUAAAAACUCCGAAACAACCAUCAGUUCUACCAUCACCGCCAGCGAGCGCAGAGCCUUUGAGACAAUACUUCGGUUUGCCCCUAAACAGACCGAAGCCACUACGUCACAGCGACGCCCAUCUUAUGCCGAUGCGGCCGACACUGACAUUGAGAAUAUUCUCAAGAUAUUCACUUCUUCUCUGCGGAGUCAUCAGUCUGAGCGAGAGAGAUCUCGUCUUGCUCGACAAUCCGAUGGGAGUAUUGUUCAUCCGGAAGCUAGGAUCGGGCAGUCCAACAUUCAACCAACCACCGGACUAGCGCAAACGACACAAGAUGCCCUUGCCGCGGUUAAACAGUCUGGGACCAGAUUGGCGGAACAGCAUGACACGGCUUUGGCAGACCAGCUGGGUCUAAUUACUAAGGAAACCCGUGGUGAAGACCUCUCCGUGCCCCUGCAAGCCACAGAAGUCGACGAGCCUUCAGCUCUACCGACCCUGAAGGGAGAAUCUAUUUCCAAACUACAAGAAGGAGACAUCUUGGAGCAAUCGCUCGCUGAGACUGCCCUUCCAUCUCACCCCUUCAGCCAACUCGAGGAAUCCAUCCAACAUGCCGUUCGUGAGCACAUGCAAUCUAUAUCUCGAGCCCUCCAGGAAGCGGCAUAUUCAAAGACCAAGAGAGGCGAGGUUGCGAUGUGGGAAGUCUGCGAGUCUCGAAUCUUUUCGAUGGCCAGGGACUUGCAAUCCCACCCUGGCCAGGCGCUCAGCGGCAAGGACCAGCUGCCAAGAUACGGUGGGCUGCGGAAGUUCACAUUUUCGCGAGAAAAGUCGGACGACCCACGCCAAUUAGUGGAGGCGGCAGAGAGAGAGAUACGAGUUUCGUCUCCUGCCUCCAGCAGCCAUGAAACCACGACGGACAUCACACCUCUAGGAAGCCCAAACGCACCCUCGGUCCCGACACUCUCCACGACCCAACUAGCAAUUCUCCAACACACCUAUCCGGCCUCCCUCCUCCUCGCCCUCAGGCUAUACAUCAACCUCUACCCAUCGUCACCCUACGCACUGCUCCUGCUGCCGCGGAUCCGCUCUCUGGGUACAACAUCCUACGUACUCGGUGCCAGCCCUCAGUUCUACAACUCGUUGAUAUCCUUGGUCUGGCUGACGCGGAGUUCUUUGAGGGAGGUGGAUGGAUUGCUCGCGGAAAUGGAGAGGGGUGGAGUGGAGAUGGAUGAGGGAACGUACGCAGUGCUAGGAGGGAUCGAGGAGGACAGAGCCAUGGAUUUGAGCAGGGAGAAGGCAAAGGAAAAAGAAAGGGGGCACGAAUCACUCGGUAGUCGUGGUGCAGCGUGGUGGAGGAGGCAAGAGCAAAUGCUCUGGUUCCCGAGGAUACUGGAUUGGUUGGACGUGGUGGCGGGACGGCUGGCCGCCAAAGAGAGGUUGAUCUGA